ACACGCGUCUAAGCUGUUGCGGAGACUCGGCAGUGACUGGCGGAGCCUGCGAUUUCCACCAGCUGCUCGCCUGGAGCUCGUCUGCAGCCACCAUGUCGGGCAGGAACAACAACAAGCUGCCCAGCAACCUGCCGCAGUUACAGAACCUGAUCAAGCGGGACCCGCCGGCCUACAUCGAGGAGUUCCUCCAGCAGUAUAAUCACUAUAAAUCCAAUAUGGAGAUUUUCAAGUUACAGCCAAAUAAACCCAGCAAAGAACUGGCAGAGCUGGUGAUGUUUAUGGCACAGAUUGCCCACUGCUACCCGGAACAUCUCAGUAGCUUCCCACAGGAGCUGAAGGAGCUGCUCUCCUACAACCACACCGUCUUGGACCCGGAUCUCCGCAUGACAUUUUGCAAAGCGUUGAUCUUGCUGAGAAAUAAAAAUCUCAUCAAUCCAUCGAGUCUGCUGGAGCUCUUCUUCGAGCUUCUGCGCUGCCAUGACAAGCUCCUGCGGAAGACGCUGUACACACACAUCGUGACCGACGUCAAGAACAUAAACGCCAAGCACAAGAACAAUAAAGUGAAUGUGGUGCUGCAGAAUUUCAUGUACACCAUGCUGAGAGACAGCAACGCGACUGCAGCCAAGAUGUCGCUGGAUGUCAUGAUCGAGCUCUACAGAAGGAACAUCUGGAAUGAUGCUAAAACUGUCAAUGUUAUUACAACUGCCUGUUUCUCCAAGGUCACCAAGAUAUUGGUUGCUGCUUUGACCUUCUUCCUUGGGAAAGAUGAGGAAGAGAGACAGGACAGUGACUCGGAAUCUGAGGAUGAAGGACCCACGGCAAGAGACCUGCUGGUGCAGUAUGCCACGGGGAAGAAGGGCUCCAAAAACAAGAAGAAGUUGGAAAAGGCAAUGAAAGUGCUGAAGAAACAAAAGAAGAAGAAGAAACCAGAAGUGUUUAACUUUUCAGCUAUUCAUUUGAUUCAUGAUCCCCAAGACUUUGCGGAGAAGCUCCUGAAGCAGCUGGAGAGCUGUAAGGAGAGGUUUGAAGUGAAGAUGAUGCUCAUGAACCUCAUCUCCAGAUUGGUGGGGAUUCACGAGCUUUUCCUCUUCAACUUCUACCCUUUUGUGCAAAGGUUUCUGCAGCCCCACCAGAGAGAAGUCACGAAGAUCCUUCUGUUUGCUGCACAAGCCUCUCAUCACCUGGUGCCACCAGAGAUCAUUCAAUCGCUGCUCAUGACGGUGGCCAACAAUUUUGUUACUGACAAGAACUCUGGGGAAGUCAUGACUGUAGGAAUCAAUGCUAUAAAGGAAAUAACAGCUCGAUGUCCUUUGGCCAUGACUGAAGAACUUCUCCAGGACCUGGCUCAGUACAAGACACACAAAGAUAAGAACGUAAUGAUGUCUGCCAGAACUUUGAUUCAUCUCUUCCGGACACUGAACCCUCAGAUGCUGCAGAAGAAGUUCCGGGGUAAACCUACUGAAGCCUCCAUUGAAGCAAGAAUACAAGAAUAUGGAGAGUUAGAUGCUAAAGAUUACAUUCCAGGAGCAGAGGUUCUAGAGAUUGAGAAAGAAGAGGAUACAGAAAAUGACGAAGAUGGAUGGGAGAGCGCCAGCCUCAGCGGGGAGGAGGAGGAUGGUGAGUGGGUUGACGUGCACCACUCUUCUGACGAAGAGCAGCAGGAAAUUGCCAAGAAGCUGGAGAGCAUGCCCAUGGAGGAGCGGAAAGCCAAAGCUGCAGCCAUCAGCACGAGUCGGGUGUUAACACAGGAUGACUUCCAGAAAAUCCGCAUGGCGCAGCUGAAGAAGGAGAUGGAUGCUGCCCCUGGGAAAGCCCAGAAAAGGAAAUUCAUAGACAUUGACAGCGACGAGGAGUCCAGGGGUGAAUUGCUGUCUCUUCGGGACAUUGAACGCCUUCAUAAAAAGCCCAAGUCUGACAAGGAGACAAGACUAGCAACUGCCAUGGCAGGAAGGACAGAUCGAAAGGAAUUUGUGAGGAAGAAAACCAAAAUAAAUCCAUUUUCCAGUUCCACAAAUAAAGAGAAGAAGAAGCAGAAGAACUUUAUGAUGAUGCGGUACAGCCAGAAUGUCCGGUCAAAGACCAAGCGCUCCUUCCGGGAGAAGCAGCUAGCACUACGAGAUGCACUUUUGAAAAAGAGGAAAAGAAUGAAGUAGCAUAGCAGCAAGUUACCGUUUCCUGCCAGCGCUGUGUGUAUUGACAUGCUGAAGAUUAGUAAAUAUUUGCUUACAUUAAAAGGAUAAGAGACGGGGGUUGGAGAGAUGGCUCAGAGGUUAAGGGCACUGACUGCUCUUCCUGAGGUCCUGAGUUCAAUUCCCAGCAACCACAUGGUGGCUCACAACCAUCUGUAAUGAGAUCUGGUGCCCUCUCUGGCGAGUAAGCAUAUAUGAAGACAGAACACUGUAUACAUAAUAAAUAAAAAUAUUUUUUAAAAAAUUAAAAAAAAAAGGAUAAGAGACACUAUAUUUUGGAAACCGCAGUAGCAGUUGUAGCAAUUUGGUAUUUUUAAUUUGGAUGUGGGGCUGGUGGGAUUGUGAAUGUAAAUAGUAGUGGUGUUAAGAUCUCCUUUCUAACUCAGAGCAAUAGCAAGUGCCUACUAAUUGCUGCAUGCACAGCUGAGUGAGCGGAGCCCCACUGAGGGCAGGUGUAUAUGCCGUGUUUAUAGUGAGCUUGUAAGUAGUUCCUUGUGGCUGUUGGUCCGGAUUCCUAGAGUUGCUGGGCUCCUGGAUGAACUGCGGGAUGGGAGUCGUACAUGCUCUGCAAACAGGACAGUGUUACAAGAGUAAGAGGUUCUUACUUGUAAAUAGGCUUGCCUGCUGAACAGGCUCCUGCUGUACAGACCGUGUCUUCUUCUUUCUUUUCAAUGUUAAGAGUUGGCUAAGACCCCAUUUUUCAAAUUGCCUUAAGUUUAAAUAGUGAUUUUGAAAUACCUAGCAGGGUGCUGAGGCACACGCCCAUAAUCCCAACAUUCAGAAAGCUAAGGCAGAAGAAGGCUCAUGGUUUUAGAACCAGCUUGGAACAUACUGAGUUAGUUCAGGGACAGCCUGGGCUCAUAGUGAAACCCCAACCAGAAACACAGACCCUUUGAGCUUUCCGUUUGUGCGGCCUGUUCUCUGCUGUCUGUUGCUGGGGUUUGGUUGUCUGUGCAGCCUGCUCUCUCUGUUCUCUGCUGUCUGUUGCUGUUGGGGUUUGUUUUUGUUUUGCUCUGCUGGGGAUCAACCCCAGGUCCUGGUGUUUACCACUAAGUGGAUUCUCUGCCUCAGAGAAUUCCAGCCCCGGGUGCCUGCUCUGCACUGGUUUGAUCAGUUCCCUUCAUUCUCAGUCCAUUGUUUACCUUGUUCUCAACCAAAGCUACACAUUUUUAAUGUCAGCUAGGUGUGUGCAGUGGACAGUCACGCUUGAGUCCUGUGUGGGACACAGUCUGCGUGCAGGCUGCUGGGUUUAGAAAUAGUCUGGUGCCUUUUGCCUCAGCCAUCUUAGGUCGUCCUCUAAUGAAAAAUGUCUAUGCUUGGAUUGGAGGAACGGCAGUUCUCCACCCCUCGGGAUUGGUAGCAGCUUUCCCUUUCCCCUUUCAUUGUUCUGUUCUGUUGCUGAGCUCAACUUUGGUUUUCUUUUCCCCUGUCACUUUUCCCCCAUGGUGGCCCGGGUCCCUGGUAGGGGAUUGCCCCGCAGCCUCACCCCAGCACAGCUGUGGAGGAAGUGUCCAGCACAGGCUUGUGUCAGACCUGAAACAGCUCAUCACUUUUCUUCUCGUGUUCUUCGGGCGUCUCCUUGUAUAUCGGCUCUGAAAUCAGCUGCAAGAAUCCAGCUGCAGCUGUGCUCUGUGGCCUCUCAACUCCUCCAGCACCACCUCCCAGCUGCUCACUACCAUGUCCACUUUCUGGGCUACUAGGGCUCAUACUCAGGCCUUGGCAUUUUAAUCCAGAAUACCAGCUCAUUACCUCUAUAGCAUUAGCAGAUUUCACUGGUAAAGAAGCGCCGGACAAGACAGUCUCAGCUCUUCUCUGCCGCAUCCCUGUGCUAGCCAGGUGUCUCCUGUAGUGUGGAGGGUACAGGUACAGCGCAUGCAUGAUUAACCCUGCUGCCAAGGCUGUCUGUAAGUGUCACACCGCCUACCUCUCUUAGUAAAUUGUGUUUUGGUGGUUUCCCUCACUUCCUUCUUUUUUCUUACAAUAGUUAAGAUGCUGUGUUUAUUUUAACUGUCAAGUCCAGUGUCUAGGCAGCUAGUUUAAAGUACAUGUCGACUGUCCACUGUGUACAAGCACUGUUAGGUGGUUGUGGCUGCACAAACCACAUUUGUGUUCCAUGAAGACAGCUGUGACGAUCCAGUCACUUCGCAGUAGGCACACACUGAGCCUUCACGCUGCACCAUAAUCCAUGUGCCCGGUGCCCGCCAUGGGCAGGGCAGCACUGUAGAAAACUUGUUCUUGAGUCCUGUGCUUAAGAUGUAAUAGUCUUGGUGUGAUUUUUAAAGGUUCUAGUUAAUAUAAAUUUUGGGUUUUUUUUAUAUUCUAAUCAUUGAAAAUUUGUAAUGUAUAUAGAGUAUUACAUUGAAAUUCUAUUUUAACUAAAACAUUUGUUUUGAGUGUUCUUUUUAAUCCAUUUUAAGUAACAUAUUUUUAAACUGUAUAUAGGCAAUGGUGCUAUUCUAAAUAGCAUCCUCUCAUUAAUCCUUUCCCUGAUUUUGGAGUGUGUUUUCUGAGAUUUAGGAAAGUUUAACCAGACAUGGUGACAUAACCUAUAAUCCCAGUACUUGGGAGAAUGAUGAAGGGCAGGGAGUUGCUGUGAGUUUGAGGCUGGUCUGGCCUACUUAGCGAGAUAACAAAACCCUGUCUCGGGGAAGGGGACAUGAAACGAAGAAGAAUAGAGAGAUCUGGACUACAGGAAGGAAGCUGGCAGCACCUGGACCACUAGGUCCGGUCCGGGCUCCGGGGCCCCUUUCCUGGUCUUUUUCACCUCUGUUUAAACCUGCAGAGGGAAGCAGAGGCCACUGCUGCUUCUGCUGCGGGUGAAUCGCAUGCACAUAGAGCUCUAUGUGUUAAUUUCUCUCGCAGAUUCUGCUUGUAUGUUUUAUUAGCUAAGGUUAAAGUAUGAAAGGUAUUUGCUGUAGAAUCUGGUAUGUGUGUGGGAUAUUAUAAAAACAUGCAGGAAAUGCCAAAU